UCAAUCACAACAAUACAAUGACAAAGCGGGAAGGCAGUGGCCAAAGUGAGAAGAAAUUAUGAUUUAAAUCCAACCAAAGUUGAAGUAGUGUUCUUCGAAUCUGCAUUAACUGCAAGAUAAGAAGUGCAGAGAUAGGAGGAGAUGAGAGUGUGCUCUUGAAACAUUCGCCAGUUAAGCCGGCUGCGUGUGAAAAUAGAAAUGGAGGAUUCUGAGUUGAACGACGACGUCGAGGGCUUGCAGCUGGAGGAAGAAAUCAUCCUUGCCUCCUGCAGCUCUCGCAGGCUUCGCAAAAGACCGAUUUUAGUCAACCCUUUGGAUGAUAAGUCCACAGUAAAGAGAAAACGAUUCGUGGAGAACAAGAAAGACUUGAGCGAGAAGGAGCUCACAAAACUGUACCUGAACGAGAACUUCAGGGCGCCAAAGCAGAACCUGUUGGAGACCGUCUACGAAGAGAGCAACGAGGAAGAACAAACCUGCACUGCUGAGACCAAGACUGAAAAGAAAAAGAGAGCAAUUACUUUUCCUCUAAUCACUACCAAAGCCAAGAAGCAGCAGAGGAAAAAAAUGGUGAAAAGACUUGAAAUGUCGUCCCCCACAUUUCUGGGCAACAAAAAGUUCAAGACCAGGGUGAGCAAGCUCAAGUUCGAGGCAAUUAUGAAGAACAUUGAGCUGGACGCUGAGGGAGGAGAUGUUGAAAUGAAAGUGGCGGACAAAUCCAGUGACAGCAGUGCAGAAAAAGAUGAGCUGGAAUGAAUGAUUCGGUUAUAAACAAGUUGAGUUCUGGGCUAUUAAAAGCUAUCUGUGUUAGUGCCAAUGAGAUGAUUUUUCUUUAAUUUUGUCAUGCUGUUCAAAUCAGCCCUGUAAUAAUAGGGACAUUCAUUUUUGUAAUUUAUAUAACUUGUUUGUAAUAAUACAUAUAGCUUCACAUCAAAUCAUUAGAGUCAAACAUUGUCAAAAUGUACUCAUUUAUUACCUAAUUAAAUCAUGCACUUCAUAAAAACUAAA